AAUCUGCUUGUACACUCCAAACAGAACACUGAGAGACUUUUUGGUGGAAGAGCUCAUGAAGUCAGGUUCCCUGUCUGCAGAAGAACAGUCUAUGGUUCAGUUUGUUCAACAAGUGGAAAGUCUGUAUACAUGUCAGUCUUUCCAGUCUGCCAAGGCCUUCCUACAAGAAACUGCAACAAAAAGAGACCCUUUGCAGGCUGUUUCACAAGAUCUGACGGCCCAGGCCUCAGAGUUUCUGUCGCUGCACCUCCAGUGUGAUGAGAUAGGGGGAGCUGGUCCCAUGAACUGUGAGAACUCCAGCUAUGCCCACCUGGUGCUGGAGUGGGUGCGUCACUGGGACCAGCAGACAAGGGAGAGAGUUCUGCUGGACAGGAUGUUGGCAAUGGACAGGAGAGAGGAAAAUGUCAGCAAGAAUAUCAGUUGUGAGUCCACCUGGGCCUACCUGACAUCCCAUCACAUGUGGAACAGCCUUCUACAGUGGAUACAGGCCAGUUUCCCUUUGGAAGAAGAGAAAGGGAAGGUUGUCACCUUCACACUGCAGGCUCCACUCACACUAGAGUUGGUCAGUCAGCUUGGGUCCUGCACACCAGUUCUGAGGGACAGGAUACUGGAUGAACUUGCAAGGAGAGGACAGUUUGUUACUGAUGAACUUUCAAAGUUUGAAGACCUCCUGCGAAGAUUAGCCCGGACUCACCAGGCCAUCUCACACCCUCACAUCAUGGAAGGGGAGCCUGUGAAGAGCCUGUCUGUACCAGACUACCAUCAUCUAUUCAUCACAUACUGUGUAGAGAAACAGCUCCCCAACCUGCUGUAUUUCUAUCUGGACUUCUAUGGUUUACAGAAAGAAGAUGGGAGUCUGUGCAUCCCUGCUGACUGUGCUCCAUGGGUGGAUAUGUUGGUACAGUUCAGACACACUGCCAGCAGUUACACAGAUCCCUCUGCUGUUUUCCAAGCCAGUCUGGCCAAUGCCCGUGUGUUGCUGGGGGCAGACUCUGUGACUGUGCAGACUUUGUUAGAGGAGGGGCGAAUUCUCAUGGCCUUAUCUACCCUGAUGUAUGCACCUGAAAACAUCACACAGGCACUGACUGCACCAGCCUCUGAUGCUGACAAGCAGUGGAAAAUUUGUCCUACUGUUCUGAAGCGCUCCCUAACUGCCCAUCCUAAACUGCAGUCUGUCUUGUUCCCUACCCACCCAUUGGGCACAGUUCCUCCACAAGACAUCACACUUUAUCAGUUACUUCAGCGAAACUGCCCCUUUGAUCCCAGUCGACUAUUUGGUUGGCAGGAAAUGAACACACUCAGCUCUGGAUCAGAUUGCCUCCAGGAUAUGCCCCACUUCUCUCACCAGGAGUUGGUUUCCCAGUAUGCCCACACUGAAGACCUGCAGUUCACCUACUACCUGCGCAGGGGCAGGCCUUCUUUUGCCUUUGCAAAGUUUCUGUCAGCAGAGAUGGAAGCCAGAGGGUCGCUCUCUCAAAGAAGGCUCUUGCGGGCUAGUUUGAAAGCAUAUUGCCUGGCCCUGAGAAACUUCACCCAGCCAGCUAUCACAGCCUCGUGUGUGCUGUUCCUGGAGAUGCUGGGGGUGGACAGCACCAAGUUGCGGGUGGACGUACAGACAGCUAACACCGUGCUGUCCCACAGGGUGGACAGCAUGGAGCUGUCUGGACAGAGGAGACAGGACAUGGAGAGACAGCAGGCCAGAGAUAUCACAUACAUGUUUCUUGAAUGUGUCCGUGGGAAGAAAAGGGCAGGAGAGCGCAUUCUCCAGUGGCUAGAAGACGCAACAUCCCAACACAUUGACAAACUUCGACUGGAAAGGGACAGCACAGCCGCCAGCCAACAGUGGGCCUUACCUGUCAGCUUCUGUGUUAUUCACUACCUCCCCUACACCUGUGUGUUUCUGGAGGACUGUGCCAAGGCUGACAACUGGCUGCAGUUCACCUGUUUUGUUCAAACCCACCAGUAUCCUAAGGAGCGGGUCUUAAAGUUGACUGGGAAAUUCAGCAGUCCACAUCUUGCUGAGCAUCUCAAGCUAGCUUUCGACUCUUUGAAAUACACUGCAGGCUCCCCUUUGAAGUCUAGGCACAUCCUGUUCUCAGGUAGUGAUGUGAUGGGCAGUGAUGGAGCCAGGAAGAAGACCGAGGAAGGUGGGAAACCUGAGGGCCAGUCUGGAGGGAAGGAUGUCAGGAGCAAGUUCUACAUGAGAAUGGGACUGGGCAGGGGAAAGGACAGUGCACUGUCCACUGUAGAUGAGAAUAAGCCAGCCUUUUCUGAACCAUUCCAUACCCCUUCCACUGUGAGUACCAUCAAGAGGCAAAAGUCUCCCAAAGCUGUGAGCAGUACAGAUGGGUCGGAGCGGGAGGAUGAAGAUAUAAGGGUACCCAGCACAGAGCUGCAGGACAAAGCUGAGUCUGCCACAGUUAGCUCUGUGGAGACGGCACCUCCAGCUGAUGGAACUGUGACAGUUUCAGCUGAACAGAAGGAGGUUGACCCUUCUAGCUGUCCUGAUGACCUCUUCAGUGUGCUGUUUAAAUGUCAGAAUACCAGCUGUCCAUGGAGGUCGUUGCUGGCCCAUGCUGUUGCCCUGACAGCUCCCAUACUAGCUGUGCUUGCUGCCUGCUAUGAGGAGUGCCAGCUGCUGGACUGCCUGUGUGUGUGGCUGGUGACAUCCCUCCCUCCCUCCAGCUCAGUCUCUGCUACAGCCAACAUCCCCACCACACAGUGGCAUUGCUGGUGCCUGCAGGACUUGGAUAGGAUCAUUCUGGUGGCCAUGGGAACAAAACACAUCAAAACACUGGCAAGGGGAUUCCAGAUCUUCCAAACUGAAUCCCCCCUUGUGCCAUUGUUUGAGUUUGCUGAGGCUUUUGCCAUCAAGAAAGAAUACUCUUCAUCCCACCUGCACCUUCACAAGUUCAAAGACAUCUUGGGAACAACCAGAAAGAACCCAGAGGGCAGAAGUUCAACUGUUAUCAGGACAUUUGGUACCAUAGAGUGGCUGGAGAGUGUUGCUGUCUCAGUGUUCAGCAAGCUGGUGUCAGGAACACCACAUCACGAAUGUGGUCUUCUUCUUGGAGUGUUGGCAGACACUGCCAUACAAAGGGCUUUUACUAGAGAAGUGCCAGACUAUGUAAGGCUGGACCAGUUGAACCAGCUGCUGAAGGAGACAGGAGUGAGGAUGUGUGUGUGGAGGAUGAUGGACAGCACCAGCCCGGAGUACCAGCAGGAGUGUCAGAAGGUCCUGGUCAGCCUGCAGGACAGGAAACAGUUUGAAGUGGCUCGACAGUUUGCCAGGCUGGCCGGACUGCCUACAGGCAGCAUCACUGUACAAGAGCUCCUGGAGGACCUGUCCCAGCUCAAGCGGUCCAGCCUGUGGCUGCAGGAGUCAGCACGGGUGGGGUUCUGGAGGCAGUGUGAGAACAAACUCAGGAGAGACCACACCCCUGCUGCCAUGGCAACAGACUUCUUCCAGACCCAGGCGGAGGGCUUAGUGGUGGAGGUGUCUGAUUCAGAAGACAUAAAAGUGUUGUCCAAUGCAUGGGAGAAGGCCCUGUUACUGAGCAUGGCCCACCGUUGGCUUGCCUCAGAUACGGACCAACCCGCCAGCCCUGAAAUGCUGGAGAAUCUGGAAGAGAGGAUGUGGAAGAGUUGUAUACAGGCUGAAGUAGAGAAAGAAGAGGGUGGCUCCUCUGUCAUUACCAUGUGCACACUUCUGGGCACUCAGACUGACUACAGACAGGAACUGCUGCAAACUUAUGGCAAGAUGCCAAUGGAGAGUCAUCUCAAAGAGGGUCUUCUCACAACAGAAAAGGAGUGCAGGGCCCUGGACUCCAUUAUUGGGAAGUUACUGGACCAGGGUAACAUCUGCCAGGCCUGUAAGCUGGCUGUACAGUUCCAGUUUUACAGCCAGGAUUUGUGCAUUAUCCUCACAUGUCUCAGACUGGUUCAUGGUACCACACUAGUGGAGGACAUCCCUGACAGGAUGAAAGUCUUAUCAGCGUCUGGCCCUCGGAGGAAGAUCAUGUCAUUGUCCCAAUCCCUGCCCAGAUCGAUAAGCAUGUCCAGUAUUUCCAGCCAUGCCAGCACACUGAGCGGCUGGACCACGGUGGAUGUGGAUGAUGUCACCAACACCAUGGAGGUGCUGGCUGACUGCUGUGUGCAAGGCAAGGACUGCUGCAACAGGAUUCUGGCAGGGUACAAAGUGGCACAGUCCCUGGAUCUGAGUUUCCAAAAGGUUGUGUCCAGUGAAGAGUUCAUCAUACUACACGACCUUCUGGUGUCAGACAUUAGUCACAAACUGAGGCUGGCUAAAGACUUCAUCCAGUACAAUCACAUGGGAGAACAACAAGUUUCAGGAUUCCUGGCAGAUGCCAUACUCCAUUCCCUCAAGGUCUUCACAGGAGAAACUGCUCCAGAGGCAGACUCCCCCCGUACGGCCAGUGAACUGGUGUUUCACCCGUCAGAUGGUACUGAGGGCUUCCUGAAGCUGACCAAGCUUUGCUCUGACCCUGCCAUACUGGGCAACAUGCUGUUGGAUCGUGCUACUUCUCUGGAGGGGUCACUACUGGAUACUUCUAGGGGUGCAUUUUCUGUGCAGGUGGAGCUGCUGAUCAGGGCCCAUGACUGCCACACCCUCUGCUGUAACAUGGAGGGAAUAUCCUCCACCCUGAAGACUGCCCGCAGCCUGACCACCACCCUGGCUCAGGCCGGGGAGUUUGCCCUGAUGAUACGGUUACUGACCGGCAUCGGGCGGUUCAGCGAGAUGACCUACAUAUUCGACACCCUGAGAAAGUACCACCAGUUUGAGCUGCUCUUCAGAAAGGGUAUUGACAAGGAGGAUAAGUUGAAGCUUGCCCUGUUGGACUAUUUGAAGAGGUACCACCCCACCGACAAGGAUACCUACACCAUGGUGUGCCUGAGUUUCUCCAUGUACAGGGAGAUAGCAGAGAUGAUGGAGACUGAGGCACACAGGAGCCUCAAGAAACUCGAGAGAAUCACUAUGGAGCAAACCCCUCAGAUGCAAAGCAGUCUUCAGAACAUAGUGACAUUCUUCAGUGAUGCAGCAGAGAGCUACGCAAAGGAGGAGUGUCUCCGCCACGCCUCCUCCUGUAUCCAGCAGGCCCGUCUGGUUGCCCUGCAGCUCCACCUGCUGGGGCAAGGCUGCAGGGUCAUCAACCUGGAGGGCAAGGAUGUGGUCAAGUUCAUCUCACAGCAUGGCAAGUUCCUGGAUGCAUUGAUAGUAGCAGAGGCCUAUGGCAAGCAGUCGGAGUGGUCCUCAGCCCUGUACAACAAUGUCGUUCUGUCCGGAGACUUCCACUAUCUGGACGACUACCUGACACACAUGAGCCUGAACAGUGGCAUGUUUGUAGACAUCGUGGGGAGGUACCGGCGGGAGGGCAGCAAAUCCAGCCAGGUGACAGGUAACCUGAAGAAGCUGCUGGGGUACUGCAGGGAGGUGCACAUCACCUACAGGCUGGCUGCAGAGAUGGGGUUCAACGACCUCUGUGUGCAGCUGUUGGAGGGAGAUGGAGGGGCAUACCUGAGAGAUGUGGUAUAAAGCUGUUAGAUAACACCAGGAUUUGUGUUAUACCUGGGUCGUGAUAUCUUGGUAUCUUGCAGGUUUCUACUCGUAUUCCAAAGGCUUCCAUAGAAUAAUUUGAAUGUAUGCCAUGUGCUAUGCUGUCAAAAAUUCAAGUACCACAUUUUGACAUUGGUAUUGAUGUUCUUAUGUAAUGUGAUUACAAUUUUGUAAUUACAAAAUUUCCUGAACGUUUCACAUUGAAAUGUGCAUGUUCUUGGAUAGGAAUUACAUAAAAAGUUGUUACUAGUUUAUAGAAAAGGUUAAACCUUUGCAGCGCAACACAAAUAUACCUUAGUUUAAUCAUCAUAGCAGUCAUUGUGGUACCAGUUCUUCAAGACAGAAAUUUGAUGAAGAAGGAAGUUACAUGUACUUGAUUGCCACAGGCCACAGAAGGGUGGCCUAAAGUCACUUUUGCUUACAAAAGAAGUUUAAAACUACUGCUACAUGAUAUACAUUUCAAAUGUGCCGCAAAGAUAUUGCUGACAUCAGUCAUGAAUACCAUGACAUGCUCUGUAACUGCAGGAGUUAAAUGAUUUAAGAAUAGGAUACGUUUAUAGAAUAUCAUUCCUGAUAGAAAGCUAUCCAGCAAUGCUUUUCUUAUGAAAUGUCUGAAGGCCAAUGUUUAGAUGUCCACAGUUGAUUGGCAUGAUUGCAAAUGCUCGCUGUACCAAUUUGAAUCAUGCUUGACUGUAUCGCAC